UGCUCCAAAAGAUGCUCCAAAAGACGCAAAUGCACCAGCAGGAAAGGCCGCAGCUCCUCCAGCACCACCGCCAGCAGCAGCACCAGCAGGCAAAGAAGUUGGAGAUGCAACUGCAGGAACUUGGACUAUCCUUCCAACACUAACGGGUGUCAACGCAAUGCAUAUGUUUGUACCUCGUCCUGGCCAAUACAUUUACGUUGAUAAACUUGAAGCAAAUCCAUUACUUCAAUCAAAUGGUCAACCAGCAGAAUCUGCAUUAUUCGACAUCGAUAAAAACACACUUACAGCUCUUGAUCUUACAUCAGACACUUUUUGUUCGGCAGGAUCUUUUAUGGGAAAUGGAGUUUUGGUUCACACCGGUGGUGAUAAUGGUAAUGUUCAAUUUGCAGCUGGUCAACAAACUUUACGAUUUUAUGAUCCAAUGGUUGGUAAAUGGGAAGAAAAGGUUGGUUUGAUGAAGUCUAAAAGAUGGUACCCGACUAUGUUACCAUUGGUUGAUGGCAGGGUAGUCAUUAUGGGAGGUUCUACUGGCGGUACAGGUCUAAAUAGAGCCGAGAUUGAUAAUCCAACUUAUAAUAUAUGGCCACCAUCAUCUGCUGAUGGAACACCAGAUGCAGAUAGACCAAUGCCAUUCCUUACUGAUACUCUCCCUUAUAACCUCUACGUAUUCAUGCACAUUGUACCAAAUAAUGAGAAUAAAAAUAUGUUAUUCAUGCUUUCCAAUCAACAACCUAUAUUAUUUGAUUUAGACACUGGUACUCUGGUAUAUAACUAUCCAAAAAUAGCUGUUCAACGUACAUACCCACAAACCGGAACUUCUUUAAUGUUACCUUUAUUCUCAAGUAAUAAUUACGCACCUGAAAUUAUGGUUUGUGGAGGUCAAGCAGCAUUUGAAAUUACUUCAACCGCUGAAGCAUCUUGUGGUAGAAUGCUUUUAAACGCUAAUCAACCUGCUUGGGUGAUGGACGAUUUUGGUGGAAUCCCUCGUGUUAUGCCUGACAACGUAAUAUUACCAAAUGGUCAAGUUGUAUUUUUAAAUGGAGCUCAAACUGGUUUUGCAGGAUUCCGUAAGGGCAACAAAGCAAAUCCUUUAUGGGUAAAUAGUAAUCCAGCAUUCAAUCCUGUUCUUUACGACCCUGUUGGAAAAACAUACGCGAAAAUGAACCCAUCAACAGUUGCAAGAAUGUAUCACUCUGUUGCAAUCUUAUCACCUGAUGGUUACGUUUUUGUCGCCGGUAGUAAUCCACAAGCAUCCGUUCAGAAAGGUCUUGAAUUCUCAACAGAAUAUCGAGCCGAAAUUUUCAAACCUCCUUAUAUUUUAACUGAUGUACCUCGACCAACGAUAAUUAAUGUUAAUGGAACUGAUAUUGCCGGGAACAGAAUACCAAUAGCAUACAAUCAACAAACAAUUUUAGUUGUCUCAUGUACAGACCCUAAACCAUCAUUCACAGCUGCAAUUAUACAUCUUGGUUUCGUAACACAUUCACAAAAUAUGGGACAGAGAUAUGUCGGGUUAGACAUUGCUUCAGUAAAUUAUGAUGCGAAUGCAGCCGGUCAAUAUAUUAUAACUUUAACUACACCACCAAAUCCUACAAUAAUUGCACCCGGACCACAUUAUAUAUUUAUACUAAAUAAUGGAGCUCCAUGUGUAAGGGCAGCAGAAGUUUUAUUAAAUUAAUAGAUUAUUAUUAUAAAAAAAAAAAAAAAAUUGUAUAUAUAUAUCCUAUAUAUAUUUAUAUUGUAUAUAUAUACACCUAAUUAAAAAUGGACAAUAAUUUUUUUAUUUAGAUAGUUUUUUUACAUUAAUAAUUACUUUCCUUACUUGUAUAUUAUGUAUAUUUCGCAAAUUAUUAUUUUUUUCGUGGAUAAAAUAAAUAAAUUUCUUUUAAUUUUAUAAUGAUGUCAUAUUGCGAAAUAAACAUAAAUAGUAAUGCGAUGUCCAAAUUUAGAAAUAUUAUAUAUUAUAGAGAUUUU